AUGACAACAGACCUCUUAAUCGUAACGACGGAGACGAUUGACGGAAAAGAGUGUAGGCCUAUCGCGCCAAUCUUGGUGGCGUGUUGUCGCAGCAAGCCUCUGCUAGGUGACAUGGCUGCGAAUGUCAAAAACUGGUCAGUUGGAGGAGAGUUGCGGGGUUAUUCGGAUAUGUUGCAACAGACCGGCCAUAUCGUACUCCAGCGCAUGGCCGAGCAAGCUCAGGAGAUGAAAGCUGAUGCGGUGAUUGGAAUGCGACUCGUUACCUCGAACGUCGCAGAAGGCGCCGCCGAGUUGAUAGGCUAUGGCACGGCAGUGCGGUUUGUAGAUAAGGAAGCUGCUGGUUAA